AUGGCGGAAAACGAUAUCACCAAGUCGGCGGUACCUACCGGGUAUGCUUUUUGGACAUCAGGGAAGCCAAAACAACCAAACGAGAUUAAUUGGAAAUACCAUUUACGAAAACUGCUAACUGUAAAAAAGUUCUCAGACUUGGAAAAUGAUCAAGAAAAGUCUGGACUGAAAAGGAGUUUGAAUGCUGUAGACUUGACAAUGAUUGGUAUUGGGGCAAUCAUUGGGACGGGUAUUUUCGUUUUAACUGGUCAAGCGGCUGCCACGAAGGCCGGCCCAGCGAUUGUUGUAUCUUUUAUAAUAUCCGGUAUUGCAGCUAGUUUUGCUGCAUUGUCUUAUUCAGAAAUGGCAUCGAUGAUACCCAUAGCUGGUUCUGCUUAUACCUAUUCAUAUGCUACAAUGGGCGAAUUAAUUGCAUGGAUUAUUGGAUGGGAUUUGAUUUUGGAAUACGCAGUUUCUGCCGCGGCUGUUGCUAUUGGCUGGUCAGAAUAUUUUGUAAGCUUUUUUCAAGACGCAUUUGGUGUGGAACUUAAUCCAUCAUGGACAAGUGCACCGCUAAAGUUCACUACAAAAACACAAAGCUUUGAAUUGGUAGAAGGAGCAUACUUUAAUCUGCUCGCCUUCCUGAUUGUUAUUAUUUUAACCGCUAUCUUAACAAUUGGAAUCAAAGAAUCAGCGAGAGUCAAUGCAGUAAUUGUGGCUUACAAAGUUUUCGUGGUGAUUCUGUUUAUUAUAAUCGGAGCCAUCUAUGUCAACCCACAAAACUAUCAACCUUUCGUCCCACCCAAUACAACCGGCCGAUGGGAUGAUUUUGGUGUUAGUGGGAUUUUCUCGGCAGCUACAACUGUAUUUUUUGCUUAUAUAGGAUUUGAUGCAGUUUCCACAACUGCUCAGGAAUGCCGCAAUCCUCAACGAGAUAUGCCAUUGGGUAUUAUUGGAAGUUUGGUGAUAUGUAGUGUAUUGUAUAUCGCAGUUUGUCUAGUGUUGACCGGAAUUGUUCCUUACCAACAGUUGAAUACUGGUGCACCAAUAGCUGUAGCUACCAGUAAAAUUGGCAUGAAAUGGCUUAGUAUUGCUAUUGAUUUGGGAGCUUUGGCAGGAUUAACUUCAGUCAUUCUAUGCAUGUUAAUGGGUCAACCUCGAAUUUUCUAUUCGAUGGCAAACGAUGGACUCUUUCCGGCGGUUGCUGCAAAAAUACAUCCACGCUUUCAAACACCAUACGUCACCAUUAUGAUUACAGGAUUUUUUGUUGCUGUUCUCGCUGCAAUAUUUCCAAUUGCUGUUUUGGCUGAAAUGACUUCUGUUGGCACAUUAUUUGCCUUUUUCCUUGUACAUAUCGGUGUGAUGAUUUUAAGAAUAAAAGCACCAGAGAUCCCACGACAAUUUAAAGCUCCUGGAGGAACGUACUUCGUCCCAAUUGUCGGUGCUCUUCUCACUGUUUUACUAUUGGCAACUGCAACGAAGCCUAGUAUCGAACGACUUUUUGGUUGGAUGGCAAUUGGCCUGCUAAUUUACGCAUUUUAUGGAAGACGAAAUUCGAAAUUAGCUCGACGUGCCGCAGAUUUGGAAUUUAAUGACGGCAAUAAAGAAGAUCCCAAUGACAUUAAGGAGCCGAUCGAAAAACCGAUUCCGUAG